GCGCCGCACCACACUCGCUCGCCUGCCGCCGAGCCGCGCGCAUCCCCCGGACCGGCCCCCACGCCGCCGAGCCCCUCCACGCCGGUGACUGGGCUGUGCCGAUCCCCCCGCGAUCCCCGUCCCCCUUCUCUCCCCCGGCCCCCACCUGAUCCCCACACCGUGCAACGACCCAAACCUGUUCGCCGCCCCGGUCGUGCAUAGUGUCCCCAUUUCGGUCGGAUUCCUGCCUGGAAAAGAAAAGCGGUGGACCCCGUCCAUUGAGGAUUUGUGAGUGUGUGCGUGUGUGUGUGUGUUGUGCUGGUUGUGCCCUGCAUCUGCUGGAUUACUCCGCCGCCCUCCUCGACUUUCACGACCAGCUGUAGAUUUCGAAGACUUCUGUGUGGAGGAGGCGUUCUAUAACUGCUUUUGUAGUUAAGUGGAUGUCGAUACCGGGCCAACGACCAGCUUAGUCAUGAGAAAGGAGAUACCAAUGGGGUGCGGGGUGAGCUGGGUGGACGAGUGGCUGACGCGGAACUUCUUCCGCGUGGGGCUGUUCGUGGGGCGGCACCCCGGCUACUUCUUGAUCGUGCCCGUGCUGCUGACGGCGCUAUGUAUGACCGGCUACCAGCGCAUGCGGUACGAGAUGGACCCCGAGUACCUCUUCUGUCCCAUCAACGGAGAGGCCAAGCACGAGAGGGAGAUCGUCGAGACGUACUUCAAGACCAACUACAGCUCCCGCUUCAACGUCGGCAGAAUAACACGGCCAGGUCGGUUCGGGCGGGUCAUCGUGAUCCCGCGCCAGGGUGACGACAUGCUGCGGCGCGAGAUCUGGGAGGAGUUGCGGAUGCUGGACGACAUCAUCCGCAACGCGACGGUGCACUGGCCGGGCGGCGAGGACUUCCAGUACGAGCAGGUGUGCGCGCGCUGGCAGGACAACUGCUUCGUCAACGACAUCCUCAACCUGGACCACGUCAUCGACGAGGUGGAGAACCGCACGCUGCUGCUCACCUUCCCCAUCAUGUUCAACCCGGUCACGUGGGACGCGCACGCCUUCCCCGUCUACUUCGGCGGCUCGGUGGUCGACGACGAGGGGCUGAUCCAGCGCGUGCCCUCCGUGCAGCUCGUGUACUUCGCCAAGGCGGACACCAAGGCCCAGGACGCCAAGUGAGUCGUCUUUGUUUUCUUUG